GGUGUGAGAGAAGUGUGGGCAGGAGAUCAUGAACGUCGAUUAUAUGCGAAGUUAGCCGAUGGUUACAAUAAACUAGCUCGUCCGGUGAAAAACGAUAGUGAGCCAGUGCUCGUACUACUUGGUCUCGACUUUCAACAAAUACUCGAUGUGGAUGAAAAGCACCAAAUCAUGCACUCAAAUGUGUGGCUACGUAUGAGUUGGGUUGACCACUAUCUUACGUGGGAUCCCUCGGAGUAUGGUAAUAUCAAAGAAGUUCGUCUACCGAUAUCGAACAUUUGGAAGCCGGAUGUGUUACUGUACAACAGUGUCGACCAACAGUUUGACACAAUAAUACAUAUAGUUACCUAUUUUAGUUCUGGCAACGUUACAUGGAUUCCACCAGCAGUGAUUCGUUCGAGUUGCAGUAUCGACAUUGCCUAUUUCCCGUUUGACUCCCAACAUUGCUCGAUGAAAUUCGGCUCAUGGACAUAUUCGGGUUUCUUCACAGAUUUGCGCAACGCCUCCGUUUCCGUUGGCACCUAUCAGCCCAAUGGUGAAUGGGAAAUGCUAGAUCUCACAUCGAAAAGGUCAAUUUUCUACUACGAGUGUUGCCCUGAACCCUACUACGACAUAACCUUCACUAUUUCAAUAAGGAGAAGAACACUUUAUUAUGGGUUCAACCUGGUUCUGCCGAGUAUGCUGAUCUCGGCUCUGGCCCUGCUUGGCUUUACAUUACCGGCUGAUUCUGGUGAAAAGCUCAAUCUGUGUGUGACGAUUUUCAUGUCACUUUGCGUAUUCAUGCUAAUGGUAGCCGAAGCGAUGCCACAAACUAGCGACGCCCUACCAUUGAUAGAAGUAUACUUCUCCUGCAUCAUGUUCGAAGUUGGUGCCUCCGUGGUGUGUACUGUGUUCGCACUGAACUUCCACCAUCGCACACCAGAGAGCUAUCACCCCAUGACGCCUUUCACAAGGAAGAUUCUCCUCGAAUGGCUACCGAUGUUGCUUUUUAUGGACCGUCCGCCACCAUUUCGAAUGGAGCAAAUUAGCGAGUGUAAUGGUCACGUUAUAGGCGAAAAACAUAAGGAUAAGAGGUAUACGAUUUACGCCCUCCCACAAAAAUUUUCAUGGCAUACCUGUAACAAAAAUUUAAUUUUUCAGAAUCCUCCAGACCCCAUUGAUCGAAAGUCACCCUUACCAGUCACCACACGUAAUCUUAUGGAUGAACGUCAGUAUGCGGGGAUAAUGGAGGAGUUGAAAGUGAUCUCAAACAGAAUUAAAAAAGAGGAAAUAAUGCACUCGGAACGAGCCGACUGGAUGUUUGCAGCGAUGGUGAUCGACCGUGUAUGCUUCGUGACGUUUUCAUUCUUUCUGAUACUCUGUACACUUGUUCUCUCCUAUAGAGCACCGCAUAUCUUUGCCUGA